AUGCAUCCCGACGACAAAGAUCUGGAGAUCUCACAUAUCGAGAGUGGAGUCCACACCAUCGAUAAGAAGGGAGAUGAUGCUCUCGUCGCAGACACGGCAGCUGCCGAAUAUGUAGAUUCUUCCAUCAUCAUCACCGAGGAGGAGAAUCUGCGACUCAGGAGAAAAAUAUACAGAAACCUCCUCCCUGUCAUGUGUGUGGCCUAUAUCACUCAAUCCCUUGACAAAGGUACCUUGGGAUCCGCUUCCAUCAUGGGCUGGCAGAAGGACGUCGGAGCUGUAGGCCAAGAUUACGCUCUCACCUCGACUCUGCUUUGGGUUGGUAUCAUCGUUGGCGAACCGCUUGUCAAUCAGUUUGUCAGAAGGCUCCCCGUUGCUAAGGUGCUGGGUAUAUCCAUCGUCAUCUGGUCUGCUCUUGUCAUGGGUUUGGCCUUUUCCCUAGACGUCAAGCCAGUUUUUGCUAUCAGGUUCUUGCUUGGUUUCUUUGAAUCCUCGUUUUCACCUUGUUUAGUUGCCAUCACCGUUCAAUGGUUCACCGCACACGAGCAAACCCUCAUCACAACCGUCUGGCAAGCAAUGUUCGCUGCUGCAGGAUUCGCCAGCAACCUGAUCGCCUACGGUUUUUACCAGCUUGGCGGAGACAGCAACACCAAGACGAAAGGACUAUACACUUGGCAGUGGAUGACGGUCGUGAUUGCACUCAUCUCAUUCAUCGCAGCUGUCAUUGUACUUGUCUUCCUCCCCGAUACCCCUGUGCAAGCUAGAUGGGCGACGAAGGAAGAGAAAGUCAAGUACGUCGAGCGUGUACGAGCGAACGAUCAAGGUAUACAGCAGAAGGUAUGGCGAACCGAUCAAGCGUGGGAGGUCCUACGUGACCCAUUACCAUGGUUACUGUUUGGAAUGAUGUUCAUCCAGUCAACCGUCGUCGGUGGUUUGAACACAUUCAACAAUCUGCUCAUCAAAAACGCUUUCGGCUUCACGACUUCGCAAUCUCUACUCCUCGCUUUGCCGCUUGCCGUUUUCCAGGUCAUCUUGUACUUCUUGAUUGGUUGGCUCGGCACCAAGACCAGACAAACGGUAUACUGCAUGGUCGGCUACGUCAUGGUAAACAUCGCGGGAUCCAUCGUCCUCAUCACCGUCGCUCCAUCUAGCAAGACCAAAGUAGGACUCCUCAUCACUUUCUACCUGAUGCAAUGCUGUCAGGCCACCAACCCGUCCAUGUAUGCCAUGUUGUCGAGAAAUGUUGCCGGUCAGACCAAGAAGUCUGUGGUCUACGCCAUAUUUUUCGUCGGAUGGGCAGGCGGAAAUGCCCUGGGUCCUCAACUCUUCCAAGCCAAAUGGGCGUCAAGGUACAUCAACUCGCUCUACAUCCACAUCGGUCUCUAUUGCGCUUUCAUCAUCGAUGUGCUUGUCAUGCGAUGGAUCUGCGUCUCUAGGAACAAGAAGAGGGACGCAUUGAUGCAAGGACAGGUCAACGCGCAUGCUCACGCUUUCGAGGACAAGACUGAUAUGCAGAAUGUUGAGUUUAGGUAUUCUUACUAG